AUUUGUCUUAAGGAUGUUGGCAGGUGACUGCUGAGGUCAUAUCUCAGGCUUCUGUCUGCCAGCCUGCCAAAAGCAACCCCACCCCCACCCCCACUUCAGGGCAGCAGGUGGAAGGAGUUGACUUUCUCUUUGCUUCCCUCCAGUUUAUGCCUCUCUGGCAAGUCGGUGCUUAGAAAGGGGGGUUGGGGGAAUCUCGUGUGUGUGUGUGUGUGUGUGUGUGUGUGUGUGUGUGUGUGUGUGUGUGUGUGUUGGACAGCAAUGAGUAGUUUGUAACUGCCUAAAAUACCAAAGCCGGUUCACAACUGUGACUGCCAUUAAAGCUUGUCUUUGUAGUGUUUUUUCUCUCCCUGCCCCAAAAGAAUAAGUGUAUGCCUAAACUCUUUCAAACCCUGUGUUAAAUACUCUCAUAAAGUGAACCGUGCCUGCCAUUGUAUCAGACAUGUGCCAGGUGUCCUAGAUAGGACUUUGAUGGAGAGGGAGAAUCUAAGUCUGUGAGAGGGAGCUGGGCUUUUGCUAUUUGAUGGAAGAUCUGGGCAGCCAGUUCUAUGAAGAGUUUCUUGCAAGAACUUCUGAGUGUUUUCAGAAUGAAACAGGCUGCUUGCAGUGAGAAAGAAGAAAGUCUGCUUUUGUGCAGGAGAGAUGUUGGGAGUUCUAUGGUCCCGGGAUUCUUGAGCUGUGCCCAGCUGACGAGCUUUUGAAGAUGGCACAAUAACUGUCCAGUGAUGCCUGACCAUGACAGCACAGCCCUCUUAAGCCGGCAAACCAAGAGGAGAAGGGUUGACAUUGGAGUGAAAAGGACGGUAGGGACAGCAUCUGCAUUUUUUGCUAAGGCAAGGGCAACAUUUUUCAGUGCCAUGAAUCCCCAAGGUUCAGAGCAGGAUGUUGAAUAUUCUGUGGUGCAACACGCAGAUGGGGAAAAGUCGAACGUACUCCGCAAGCUGCUGAAGAGGGCGAACUCGUAUGAAGAUGCCAUGAUGCCUUUUCCAGGAGCAACUAUAAUUUCCCAGCUGUUGAAAAAUAACAUGAACAAAAACGGUGGCACCGAGCCCAGUUUCCAAGCCAGCGGACUCUCUAGCACAGGCUCCGAAGUACAUCAGGAGGAUAUAUGUAGCAACUCUUCAAGAGACAGCCCCCCAGAGUGUCUUUCCCCUUUUGGCAGGCCUACUAUGAGCCAGUUUGAUGUGGAUCGCUUAUGUGAUGAGCACCUGAGAGCAAAGCGCGCCCGGGUUGAGAAUAUCAUUCGGGGUAUGAGCCAUUCCCCCAGUGUGGCAUUAAGGGGCAAUGAAAACGAAAGAGAGAUGGCCCCGCAGUCUGUGAGUCCCCGAGAAAGUUACAGAGAAAACAAACGCAAGCAGAAGCUGCCCCAGCAGCAGCAACAGAGUUUCCAGCAGCUGGUUUCAGCCCGAAAAGAACAGAAGCGAGAGGAGCGCCGACAGCUGAAACAGCAGCUGGAAGACAUGCAGAAGCAGCUGCGCCAGCUGCAGGAGAAGUUCUACCAGGUCUAUGACAGCACAGACUCUGAAAAUGAUGAAGAUGGCGACCUGUCUGAAGACAGCAUGCGCUCUGAGAUCCUGGAUGCACGGGCCCAGGACUCGGUGGGGCGCUCAGACAAUGAGAUGUGUGAGCUGGACCCAGGGCAGUUCAUCGAUAGGGCCCGAGCCCUAAUCAGGGAGCAGGAGAUGGCUGAGAACAAGCCUAAGCGAGAAGGCAGCAACAAAGAAAGAGACCACGGGCCAAACUCCUUGCAGCCAGAAGGCAAGCAUCUGGCAGAGACCUUAAAACAGGAGCUGAACACGGCCAUGUCACAGGUUGUGGACACAGUGGUCAAAGUCUUCUCAGCCAAGCCCUCCCGCCAGGUUCCUCAGGUCUUCCCACCUCUCCAGAUCCCCCAGGCCAGAUUCGCAGUCAAUGGGGAAAACCACAAUUUCCACACGGCCAACCAGCGCCUGCAAUGCUUUGGUGAUGUCAUCAUUCCGAACCCCUUGGACACCUUUGGCAAUGUGCAGAUGCCUAGUUCCACAGACCAGACGGAAGCCCUUCCCCUGGUGGUCCGCAAAAACUCAUCAGAGCAAUCUGCCUCUGGCCCGGCCACUGGUGGCCACCACCAGCCCCUGCACCAGUCACCCCUCUCUGCCACCGCAGGCUUCACCACCCCUAGCUUCCGCCAUCCCUUUCCCCUGCCCUUGAUGGCUUAUCCAUUUCAGAGUCCAUUAGGUGCUCCCUCCGGCUCCUUCUCGGGGAAAGACAGAGCCUCUCCUGAGUCCUUAGACUUGACUCGGGACACGACAAGUCUGAGGACCAAGAUGUCAUCACACCAUCUGAGCCACCACCCCUGUUCACCAGCACACCCACCCAGCACCGCAGAAGGACUCUCUUUGUCACUCAUAAAGUCUGAGUGUGGAGAUCUUCAAGAUAUGUCCGACAUCUCACCUUAUUCGGGAAGCGCAAUGCAGGAAGGGCUAUCACCCAAUCACUUGAAAAAGGCAAAGCUCAUGUUCUUUUACACCCGCUACCCCAGCUCCAACAUGCUGAAGACCUACUUCUCGGACGUGAAGUUCAACAGAUGCAUUACCUCCCAGCUCAUCAAGUGGUUCAGCAAUUUCCGUGAGUUUUACUAUAUUCAGAUGGAGAAGUACGCGCGUCAAGCCAUCAAUGAUGGAGUCACCAGCACAGAAGAGCUGUCCAUCACCAGGGAUUGUGAGCUAUACCGAGCCCUCAACAUGCACUACAACAAAGCAAAUGACUUUGAGCAGGUUCCCGAGAGAUUCCUGGAAGUUGCGCAGAUCACGUUACGGGAGUUUUUCAAUGCCAUCAUCGCGGGCAAAGAUGUUGAUCCUUCCUGGAAGAAGGCCAUUUACAAGGUCAUCUGCAAGCUGGAUAGUGAAGUCCCUGAGAUUUUCAAAUCCCCUAACUGCCUACAAGAACUCCUUCACGAGUAGAGAUUGCAACGCUCUUUUGAAUGUAUGGAUAGAAAUCCCCCUUGGAUGUCCAACUUCUCUGUGUCUAGAUUUUGGUUUUAUAUAUUUGUGUGGGGGAGGCAUGGAUAUGUUGUGAUGUCAGCUGGUGGUUCCUGCUCAUCCUCGUUGGGUUCCUUUUCUUUUCCUUCCUCACAAGGGGAUGGGUAUUUUCCUUUAGUUUACUUUUGCCCAAGGCCCUUAAUAUUUGGAGACUUAAGGUAGGGUUGGUUUUCAGGAGAAGGGAAUGUCAGCCUGUAUAAAGUGCACGUGAGCUCUGGAGUGAGCCAGUAACUGUGACACAGCUCACAUGCAUACCCCAUGCUGUGUCUCCCGUUUCUCUAGGGUUAAGAAGUUCUGGAAGAACCCAAGGAAAACUGGAAAACCUUGUUUGAUUUGAGCCUGAUAAGCAACCUUUUCUUAAACAUCUGAACCAAUGCCCUCGGCAGCUGGGUAGCUCACAUCUCAAAAGUAUCCUCAAAAGACAGAUUGUUAGAAAGAUUGUCACCAAGUCCUUUGUAAGAGAAAUGGCAUAAACCCCCCAGACCCAAGUUUGUACCAAACCGACUCUCCUGAGACAAGGCUGGGAGCGCACGCAGGGCAACCUGCUGUCUCUGUGAACUUUAGAACAGGCUCGUGGUGAGAUGUGAGCUUGGCCGUGUGGACUUAGAGGAAACCCUGUGCUUUGUCGCUAGUUGCUAUUUACUUUGCUUCAGAUAUUAAAAGGCACGGACUUUCAAAAUGUAUCCUUUGCUUGACUCUCUUUACACGCUUAGUACUGCUGUUGCUGUUUAACCUUCUUUCUUCUCCUAAAACACUAAUUUCUAAAUACCUUUCUACAGUAAGGAAUUAAGAAGUCCCACUGACUACGAAACCCUUGCCCACUCUUGGAGCACGCUGGCAGCUGCUAGUGGACCUGAUCUUUACUUCCUCUGAGGACAUCACCCAGGAAUGGCUCAUUUGCAUAUGGGUAUGGAGGGUGGCUGUCUGUCUUUUCCCUCUGGGUUAUAAUAUCUUCAAGCAGCUGACCAUGUCUGUUCUACUACAGAAGCUAAUAUUGACCCAAGUGUGUACAAUAGGUUAGUUUGGGGUUACCCAAGAAGACACAACUCCAGCAUACUGAGAAAGCCAACUUCUCUCUCUCCCACUCUCAGAUGGCUCUUUCCAAACACCCAGGUUUUUGAUGAUGUGCCACGUCCUACACUUGCAUGCUAACUAUCGCUCACGCUUGUUUUCUUAGCUGGAUUUUUGUGUACCGGUGCAGUAAACAGCACUGUUCACUCUAAGAGUGUGAUCCAGGCUCCUACUUCCCCUUAGACAAUCUGAUGUGCACACUGUAAAAAUGACACAGCAACAGAUCCAGUAUUUAAAACGUAAAGGACAGAAAUGCCAUUUCCCCUUAAUUUCUUAAAAAAUAAAAAUCAGCGUUUGACUUUGGAGGACUCGGGUCAGCCCUUGUGACUGUCUAGCUGGCUGCAACGCUGUAAUUCAACAUCAUUUAUAAAUUCUGCUGAUGGGCAGGGAUGUAUGAACACAAUUAUUGUCAGCACAAAGCCUUAAAACCUGCUGACUUCAAGCUAAACUGUGAAGCCCUGCGAGGCCCAUCUUCCGGGAGACCAGAAGGCCCCGGCGAUUACGGACAGAGCAUGGAUUAGCACGCUCAACACUGUCCACUCACUACAGUAGCAUCUCCUCAUCUCACACACCCACUCCUGAAUAGACAAUUGUUAGAGUAUAUUUGUUAUUUUUCUGGCUGUCUUUAAAACAAAAAAGGACAGGUAGUCGAUCAUACCACUGAGAUAAAUGUUACAGAUUAAACAGCAGAACCAGGAACCCAAUCAAUACAAAUUAGGGAAGUCUUUGACAUGCUUCAUUUGCAAACCCGGGGCACUGUGGUUCCUGCAGGGGUCCACCAGGGUCCUGGCUGUUCUGAGUCACAUGCUAAUCAGAUCUUCCCCACGUCACCCUUUGCAAGGUCAAAGGCAAAACUGCAGUGUCGUCACUUGGGUAGACAGAUAGCUAGGUAUCUUCGUAAUCUGGGGCAAAUGAAUAUUGAUUCUAGACUUAAUCUUGAUUUUUUUUUAAUUUUUAAUAUUUUUUAUUACGUAUUUUCCUCAAUUACAUUUCCAAUGCUAUCCCA